AUGUCCAAUUUUGGUCUACCGCGCUCGUCCAACGCCCAGGACGAAACCCGCAGCCAACCUUCGCAGUCUGACCGGUCGCCGUCGUUUGCAUCGUCUGCGCUUCCUGCACGAGAUGCCGCCGGCACCCAGCAGGAUGCCCAGGGACAGCAACCUGGGCACAAGCGAGUGUACCAGGCUUGCAUCCCAUGCCGCCGCCGAAAGGUUCGUUGCGAUCUAGGCUCGGUCGACAAUCCUCAUGAUCCGCCCUGUGUUCGCUGCCGGCGCGAGAGCAAAGAAUGCUUCUUCAGUGCCACUCGCCGGAAGCGCAAGACCGACGACGACACGGGGAUUGACAGCGAUGACUACAUCGUGCGAAAUGGCCGUCGAAAGCUCCAUGUAGACGAAACAGGAACCUCCCGCCUUGACGGCGGCGCGUAUGACGAUGCACCUCUGAGUGCCGGCCUUGCCAACGUCCGCUCCCAUCCCCUCCGGCGUCCCCAGCCUGACGAUCCGUCCACACGCAACGGCAACGCCGGGUCACGCAAGGCUGACAACAUGGCGGCCACCGAUGAGCCCAACACGCCGCUCGAGAACUUUGAGGCACAAACCGUCAUGCGCCGCGAGGUAUACGGCCCUCACGAUGCUUUGGACUUGCUCUACAAGGCAGCCACGGACAGUCCCCAUACGAAACAGGACGAUCCCAGCAAUGGCACGCCCGCAGGACCUUCACAGAGCAAGUAUACCCUGCAAUCAGGGCAGGGCUCUCUGAGUUCUGAGUACUUUACUACACCCGCCACUGCGUACGGCCCCAACCGGCACGGCCGCGCCGCAUCACACAACGAACAGGUUGUCGACCCCGAGCUAGGGCGGCCUGACCCGUCAACCCUCCCCGGCUAUGCAGACGCUCUCAAACUAUGGGCAAGGUUUCGGUUUGUCCGCGCUGGGUGGUUUACCGCCCAGGAAGCAAUCGAAUAUAUUAAUUAG